UGUUUGUUAUGUGUCUUGUCUUUCAUUUGAUAAAUGGUUCUAAGAAAAAAGAAAGCUUUUUUAUUUUAAAGUUUUGAUUUUUGAGUGGUUUCUACACGCUGCUUCUGCGAAUUUGAUAUUUUCAUUGGAUUCCCUUUCUCCUAAAUUUAUAGUUUUUUUUUUUGUUUGGUCCAUGAAAAUCUAUUUAGGGUUUUUCUGACCCUACUGCUCCUCCUUCCUUCAUCAUGGCUGAGCUCAAAAGAUUUAUUCCCAAUCAACAAUUAGACCUUGAACAGAUACUUCAAGAAGCACAACAUCGUUGGCUACGACCCACUGAAAUCUGUGAAAUACUUCGCAACUAUCUCAAGUUCCAAUUAACACCAGAUCCACCUGUUAGGCCUCCAGCUGGCUCUCUGUUCCUGUUUGAUCGAAAAGCGCUACGAUAUUUUCGUAAGGAUGGUCACAGGUGGAGGAAAAAGAAAGAUGGGAAAACAGUGAAAGAAGCUCAUGAAAAGUUGAAGGCUGGCAGUGUGGAUGUUCUUCACUGUUAUUAUGCCCAUGGAGAGGAUAAUGAGAGCUUCCAGCGGCGGAGUUAUUGGAUGCUUGAUGGACAAUUAGAGCACAUUGUUCUCGUGCAUUAUAGAGAAAUAAAAGAGGGUUACAAGUCUGGCAUAUCCCGUAUGCUACCAACCCCCAGGCCACCAUUUGAAAGCUUUCUAAAUAGUUUUGGACAAGAAAACUCACCUGCCCCAGCAAUUCAAAACUCUUUUGCAUCCAAUUCAAACAGAGCUGAUUGGAAUGGACCAACAUCAUCGCUUGAGGAUGUGGAUUCGGGUGAUAAUUCUGGAGCUUCUCUCACUCAAACUGCUUUUGGUUCCAUAUCACAUAACACAUCACUGCUUUCAGAUGGAGUUGCAGGAAUCGGAGAGUCAUCCAGGAACCCUACUGAUUCAUGGUAUCCUGGAUCUAAAUUGUUUCAUUCUGCUGGAUCAUCGCUCUGGGCUCACGGCUCAACCAAACAUGAAGAAGAAAGUAUGCUUGAUCAGAAAUGUGAUGUUGCAGUACCUGGUGGAGCUGACUUUAUAAUUCAUAAGCUUACUGAUGCUAGAUUGGAUAUUGGUGGUAAAAUUCAUGAUAUUGUUUCUUACAGUGAUAGAUUGAUAACAAGCACAAGCAUCCAGGAGGCACCGUCAGGUCCCAAGAGAGAAAUUCAGGUGUCACAAGAGCAUGGUUUUAAUUCCACCCGCGCCCCUUUUCAGUUUUAUUCUGAUCCUCAGAUGGUGGCAACUUUCACUGAUGAAGUUGAGAAGAAAUCGGAAGAUAAAGAUGGAACUGCAAAUAACAAUGAAUCAGUAGAGCUGAAAAAGUUAGAUAGUUUUGGGAGAUGGAUGGACAAAGAAAUCGGUGUCGAUUGUGAUGAUUCCUUGAUGGCUUCCGACUCUGGAAAUUAUUGGAAUGCAAUUGAUGCUGAGAACGAAGACAAAGAAGUAUCUAGUUUAUCACACCAUAUGCAGUUGGAGAUUGAUUCACUUGGUCCAUCUCUUUCCCAGGAACAGUUAUUCAGCAUUUGUGACAUUUCACCAGAUUGGACUUAUACGGGUGUUGAGACAAAGGUUUUAAUAGCAGGUAGAUUUUUGGGUAGCAAAAAGCAUUCUUCUGAGACGAAAUGGGGAUGUAUGUUCGGUGAAAUUGAGGUUCCUGCUGAAGUUGUUAUUGAUAAUGUCAUUCGAUGCAGAACUCCUUUACAUGCACCUGGACGUGUUCCAUUCUAUGUUACCUGCAGUAAUAGAUUGGCGUGCAGCGAGGUGAGGGAGUUUGAAUAUCGGGAGAAACCUCAGGUCAUUGCUGACAACAGAGCACCAGAUGAUGAAUUACGGUUACAGAUACGGCUAGGAAAAUUGUUGAAUAUAGGCCCAGAGAGGAAGUCAUUAAAUUGUUCUCUUGAUUGUGACAAGUGUAAGAUUAUAGAUAAUGUACCUUCGACGAGAAUCAAAACUAACCACUUGACGUCGAGUGAUAUCUUGAUUCAAAAUUUGCUUAAGGAUAGACUUCAUCAAUGGCUAGUUUUCAAAAUUCACGAAGAAGGUAAAGGGCCUAAUGUAUUCGACGAUGAAGGCCUAGGAGUCAUCCAUUUAGCAGCUGCUCUUGGUUAUCAAUGGGCUAUCGGUCCCAUAAUUGCUGCUGGUGUCAGUCCCAAUUUCAGAGAUGCUCGUGGAAGAACAGCGCUUCAUUGGGCAUCAUGUUUUGGGAGAGAGGAAACAGUUGUAGCACUGGUCAGAUUGGGUGGUGCCCCAGGUGCGGUUGAUGACCCAACUCCAUCUUUUCCAGGAGGGCAAAAAGCAGCUGAUCUAGCCUCAAUUAAUGGACAUAAAGGAAUAGCGGGAUAUUUGGCCGAAGCAGAUUUGACAAGCCAUCUUUCUUCAUUGAACAUUAACAAGAAUGUAGCAGAUAUUUGUGAUGUCGUUGUUUCUGCUGAAGGUUCAAUUGAUAAUGACUCGAAAGGUUUCUCAUCAGAGUUGGAUGCUGAUAACCAUUUUCUUAAAGGUUCUCUAGCUGCUUUUCGAAAAUCAGCUCAUACAGCCGCUUUAAUCCAAGCUGCCUUUAGGAAUCACUUAUUCCGUCAUAAACAAUUAACCAAGAGCGGGGACAAUGUUUCCAACGAUUCGGUUGACCUUUUUGUUCUGGAUUCUUUAAACAAGGUACAGAAGUCAAGUCAUUUUGAAGAUUACCUUCAUUCUGCAGCCAAGAAGAUUCAAAAGAAAUAUCGUGGCUGGAAAGGGAGGAAAGAAUUCUUGGAUAUUCGCAGCCGUAUUGUUAAGAUUCAGGCUCAUGUGAGAGGACAUCAAGUUCGGAAACAGUAUAAGAAGGUUGUCUGGUCCGUCAGCAUAUUGGAAAAGUUAAUACUUCGUUGGAGGCGAAAAGGUUCUGGUUUGCGGGGGUUUCGGGUCAAAAGGUCAACUGAAGAUGCAUCAAGAGAUACAAAAAGAAGUGAUGAUUAUGAAUAUCUUGUAAUUGGGAGAAAACAGAAAUGUGCUGCUGUAGACAAAGCUCUUGCAAGAGUAAAGUCAAUGGUUCGCCAUCCUGAAGCACGUGAGCAAUAUAUGAGGCUAGUUACUAAUUUUGAGAAGUUUGAGAUUGGUGAGGAUGAGAACAGUGCAUGACAGAAAAUUUCAUAGUUCAAAAUAGUGUGUUAUUGACCAGUGGGAGAACUAAUGGAGUGGAUUCAGAGCACCUUUUCCAUGUUAAUCGGCUCUGGUAAAAUCUUAGCUCUGACAGUGUUUACAUACUUAAGACUGUUAAUUACAAAAAGUACAUAGGGAGAUAGUAGAGAAAAAAUUCUAAAUUGUACAUGGUUUGGUAUUUAUAUUUGUAAUUGUAUGUAACUUUCUUGACAAACGAUAAUUAGAUUUCAAUGACACGGAUGUAGGAAAGAUUAGAUCAGCUCUUACACCAAAGAUUACAGUACUAUAUAUUGAUAAUUACAAGCAAAGCAAACUGUAAUAUAUGAACAUAUAAUUCAUUUUAAGAAGUUUCAUA